AUGCAAAUAUAAUGAUAGGCUGCGGUCCUUAGCUUUUAUAAUACAUGUAAACUAGGUUGAAAAAUAAAACUUUGUGAAUGACCUGGUAAGAUAAAAUUGGCGGGAAAUUUAUCUCUGAAAUCUAAGGACACGAUAAAUUGUAUCAAUUGUAGUUAGUUGAAUCUCUUAAUUUUAAAUUUUACGUUGUUUUCUGUAAACUCUUUUGAAGGGUUUCGUUUUAUAAUAAACCUUUUACAAUAUAUUACUUGCGAUUAAAAAAAAUAAAUUUCAAAGUGUAGAUUAUGAUAUAAAAUUACCUCUAUAUAAGUUAAUUAUAAAAUUAAUUUUUAUAAUUUACCAAUUAUCCUAAAUAUUUUUUGUAAUAUAUCACUUAUUCUGCUAUAAAUCAUAAGAUGGAUGACGUGAUAUGCCAAUUAGAACUUGUUGUGUCAAAUAUGGAAAAAAGAAUUGAUACUCUUAGUUGGAAAAUAAAAAAAUUUGAGAGUGUAUGUUUUUCAGAAAAAGAAAGUACACAUACGUGUAAAAUAAUGUCAUUGAUGAAUAAAGUUGCUAGGACAUGUCAGACAUAUGAUGAAAUUUUACUUUUAGUAGGACAGCACAGAAAUGAACAAAAUGAAUUUACCGAUUCAUUACAAGUACAAGUAAAUUUAGUCAAGAGUAAAAUGGAAACAUUAAUGGCUUUAACUACUAAAGGAAGAUCAAUAGAGUUAUGACUUUAUUUUCAUCAUAUACAGUAAAUAUAUUUUUUUACAAGUUGAAUAUAUAAUAAAAUAUCUUUAUUUUUAUAUUUUUUAAACAAUUUUUAAUAAUUUAUAUUUUAAAUAAAAACUUACAUUUUUACUAAGAAUAUUUUAAAAUAGUAGAAUGUGUUAUUAUUUCUUAACAUGAAUUUAUACAAACAUUUAAUAUAUAAGGUAUACA